UCUCUUGAGAUAUCGAAAGCCUUAUCAAAGUCCUGUGUUUCUUAGCCCUAAAAGUAUCAACCAUCUCUUUUCCACGAUGUCAAAAAUUGCAGUGUUCCUUUUAUUAACUUUUCUAUUCACUGACCAACUAAUGGCUGCAUUUGCCAUUGUUGAGGAAGAUAGUGAACCAGAAAAAGUCAGAGUCCUUGCCAUUGAUGGAGGAGGUAUUAAAGGGAUUGUCCCUGGCGUUAUCCUUAAGCAGCUUGAAAUUGCCCUUCAGAUAAGGGACCCAAGUGCAAGAAUAGCAGAAUAUUUUGAUGUGGUUGCUGGGACCAGCACUGGAGGGAUUAUAACUGCAAUUCUCACUGCCCCUGACCCUCAAAACAAGGAUCGUCCUCUCUAUCCUGCUGAUGAAAUUCUCAAGUUCUACAGACAACAUGGUCCUUUCAUCUUCCAAGAAGACUCGGGCUGCCGAUGGCCUGGUGUCCUGUGCCCGAAGUUCAACGGGACGUAUUUACGAAGAAUAGCGGCCGAGAAAUUGGAUGAAACGCUCCUAAACCAGACAACCACAAAUGUUGUGAUUUCUUCCUUCGACAUCAAGCUUCUGCAGCCAACUAUAUUCUCAAGCUUCAAGAUAAAGGAUGUUCCUCACUUAAAUGUCAAACUCUCCGAUGCAUGUAUAGGAACCUCAGCAGCACCAAACGAGUUUCCACCCUAUUAUUUCGAGUACAAUAAUACUGAAUUCAAUCUCGUUGAUGGUCUUUUCAUCGCAAGUAUGCCGGCAAGGCUUGGGAUCAGUGAGGUGUCCCGACAAGAAGAAUACAAGAACAAAGAAAUCAUUUUGCUAUCAAUAGGAACUGGAGUUGGAAACACAACCGUCAGUUAUGAUGCUAAUCGUAUUUGGACUGCCGGAGAUUGGAAGGAAGCCAUCUUACCCAUGUUUAUUGCUGCAUCUUCAACCAUGAAUGAAUAUUACAUUAACUCAACUUUCAAACUUCAACCUCAGGAAAACUACCUUCGAAUUCAGGAAUACAAUUUAGAUCCGAGUAUUGAAUCGGAUGAUGCUUCAGAAGCAAAUAUGGAUAAACUCGAAGACGUGGGAAAUAAGUUGUUGGAUCAACCAGUAAAGAGGAUGAAUGUGGAUACUUUUGUUCCUGAGGAAAUUGGUGAAGGUACCAAUGCUGAAGCUCUGGACAGGCUGGCUCAAAUUCUCUACGAAGAAAAAAUUCGUCGUCAUGGAAAGAGCGCAAAGAAAGUGAAGAAAGGAUUCUUCACUCGUUCAGCCACUUAUUGGAUCUGAUGUGGAAAUGCUAUUCUGAUAGCAUAUUAAAUAAUUAUAUUAUGGGGUUGUUGCCAUUAUCGGCACUUUAAUUAAAAAAAAAAUAAGUGUGCUAAAUAAAUAAAUGGAAAUGUAAUCCUCUGCUUUGAUGUCCUUGAUGAUGUUGUAUCAUAUGCUGGCUAUGCAUGAAGCACCAGCAAUUUAAAUAAAUAAAAACGAGUGGUUGUGUGUUUUAAAA